GACAAAAAAUAGAGAGUACUUGCCCUAUAGGAAUUCACAUAUUAUUUGAGUGAAAAUAAGAUAUGGAGAAAUCAUAAAGGUAAUAUACAGUAAAUGAUACAUUAUCAGUAUGGAUUUGAGGGGCUGUGGUACAGUUUCUGUAUGACUAUAUUCUUUUUAUUUGUACUGCAUUGCUCAGAUUUACUUAGCAGACAAUUCUGUUUUGCAUUAUGGAGUGCCAAGAAAGGACAUAGAAAUACACUAGGCACAAUCUUUGUCCUAGAGUUGUUAACAGCCUCGUGUGGGAGAACACAUGAACAAAUCAUCAUAAAGUAAUGAUAAUGGACGGAGAAGAGAAGAACAUUUAUGACCUUACUCUGUCCAGGGGCCCCUGGGUGGCUCAGUCGGUUAAGCGUCCAACUCUUGAUUUUGUCUCAGGUCCUGAUCUCAUAGUUGGUGGGAUCAAGCCCCACAUCAGACUCUGUGCUGAGAGCACAGAGCCUGCUUGGGAUUCUCUCUCCCUCUCUCUCUCUGGCCCUCCUACUCUCACGCUCUCUCUCAAAAUAAAAAACAUCCCCCAAAACACCCCAAAAAGACAUUACUGUGUCCUUAUGCUUUAUUUUUAUUAUGAUGCUUUAUAUUAUUUCAUUAAAACCUAAACAUUUGGAGGAAUUUUACCCCAAUUUUAUAAUUGGAGCACGGACAACCAGCUAAUUGCUAUAAUUAAAUAAAUACGAAUGAAUGUAUGAAUAAAUGAAUAAAAGGUAGGAGAGCCCAAAAGCAAUUCUACAUGUUUUAAUUCCCGAGACCAAAGCUUUUCCCUUAUUUCCCUUGGAAAAUCAUUUGGUUGACUCUGGACUCAGGCUAAAUCCUGCCUCCCAAAGACCCACAGGAUGGAAACCCUGGCACAGGCCUGGCAAAUGAGGACAAAGUGUCCCCGCAGGACUGGAGUUUUUCUCAGGUUUGGAAGUAACUGGGAUCAGUUCCUUGCUGGGAGCCAUAGAUCCGGAAGGUCAGAGGAAGGUAAGGUUAGUUUCACUCCUUGAGCUUUCUCGUCUUCAGCCUUCGGUGCUGUUGGGGCACCUGGUAUUUGAGAGAGGUGGCACUCAGGGUUGGGUCUCACUUGGCAAAGCACCAGAGAUUGGUCUUGGUCCCCCCACCCCUGCCCGCAACGCUGGAGAGAGUCACAGAAGCUGGAUGGUAAACACGAGCAAAUAUUGACAGAACUGAGAGUCAGGGUAACACCAUCUGGCCCGUCUGCAGUUCAAAGGGCUUGGUCAACUGGGUUUGCAUGACACAACCAGGCAGUUUCUAAAACUGAAUUUUAAAACGGGCGGCUCAUCAGCCGCCCCUUUGUGUUUUUGCAAAAUCCCUCCCUGUACUGACUUCCUCACAGCUGUUCUUAUUUCCUUUGGUAGAAUUUUUUUUUUUUUUCAUUCUUCCUAGGGAAGAGAAAUCAAUACAACAUCUCCAGGAGGGAGGUGGUUGGUAUCUCCUACUUUGAUCCAAACCACGUGUUGUCUGUGUUGGGUUAAUUCCAGCCUGGGUCAAGCAACUGAUAGCAAGAUGUUUUUGCGGGUUGUGUGCUAUCUUGUGGUUGUGUGGCCGAUUUCUGCCUCAUACGAGAACUGUCCAGAACUUCCCCCAGUGGGAUAUAGCAUAUUUGUCGCAAAGAAGGUGGAAGGAGGAAUUCUGGGGACUUACUUUUGUAUCAAGGGCUACCACCUGGUAGGAGAGAAAACCUUUAUUUGCAAUGCCUCUGGGGAGUGGAAUACUCCCACUCCCACUCCCACAUGCCAAUUGGGCCACUGUCCUGACCCUGUGCUGGUGAAUGGUGAACCCAGUUUCUCAGGUCCUGUGAAUGUGAGUGACAAAGUCACUUUUAAGUGCAAUGAGAACUAUAUCCUCCAGGGCAGCAACUGGAGUCAGUGCAUGAACGACCACACCUGGAUGCCUCCCUUACCCAUCUGCAAAAGCAGAGACUGUGGCCCUCCUGGGAAUCCGGCUCAUGGCUAUUUUGAGGGAAGAGAUUUCAACUUAGGUUCGACCAUUACUUAUUACUGUGAAGACAGGUACCACUUGGUGGGCACGCGGGACCAACGGUGCAUUGAUGGGGAGUGGAGCAGUGCACUUCCAGUCUGUGAGUUGAUCCAAGAAGCUCCCAAACCAAUUCCACAGACCAAGUUUGAGCGGGUGCUUCUUGCCUUUCAGGAGACGAAAGACCUUUGCAAAGCCAUGCGGAACUUUAUGAAAAGACUCAAGGAAAAUUCCUUAACGAUGGAGGAAGUAAAAUAUUUUCUGGAAAUUCAGAAAGCCAAGCUGCAGCCAAAAAAUGAUGCCCUGACAUUAUAGCUGAGCAGGCUGGGUCAUAGAAAAGCACCCUAUGAAUAAACCUUCUUCUUGGUUCUAAAA